CGUUAAUGCGUUUGAUAAUUGACCAAGCGCUCAUUCCUGCGGGAGGGCGGCGUGCCCAGGCGCAGCGCCCGGCGAGGACAGCCCGCGCCCCUGCCUGCCGCCAUGCCUGCCCGCGGCCGCCGCCUCCUCCUCCUCCUGGGGCUGCUCCUGGCGCUGGAGCCUGCCUGCUGCCAGGAAGCCCGGGGCAACCUCCAGCCGUGGUCGCAGGGUGUCAUCGCAGUGGUUGUGUUUCUGGUCCUGGUGGCCAUCGCCUUUGUGGUCAAUAGGUUAUGGUGUAAGGAAGAAGUGGAAAAUGUUGAGACGGUGGUGAGUAUUGAGGACAAGCGGGAGGCUGUCACGUCCAAUGGCCACGAAGGGGGAUACCUAACAGCUGCAUCCGGCUUCAGGUCCAAAGAGAGCCAGCAUGCUUACGAGAACACCUUGGAGCCUGAGGAGGUGACCACCACUGCCUUGUAGCAGGUGCCCUGGCCGUCCGACCUCCUUCCUCCUCUCACUUUGCUUCCUGCUGUGUGAUGGGCGCUUUUGCAGGGACCCUGUGCACCGGCAUCCCUCAUGUGCAGGGGCUCCCUGACCUCUCCAUGGCACCACCAUCUCCUCAUCUUUUCCCUUUCCAUGUGUGGACAUGCUCUUCUGCCUCAGGGGCUGACGUCUAUGCAGACAUCAGUCCACAGGAGAGGUCCAGAGGUGCCACCUCUCCUGCCUGGUGGUCAUUCCACCUGGUUGGUGAGGUUGAUGUCCCCAGUCCCGGGGGCGUGCUGACCUGUCUCAGACAUGGAGGGGUCCCAGCUGGGUGCCUGGGACAUCCCUGCACCCCUAGCUGCCCUCCGGGGAGCUGCUGAUGGAAAUCCCGCUCUCUUCCCCACAUUUCAUCCUCCUUUUUAUGGCACCAUGCAUUUUAAUGUCAGAACAAACCUUCUCCCCUGUAUAUAUCUUCCCUGUGAGCAAUAAAGAGAAGUAUUGCCCAUA